CGCCCCUCAACUCGUCUUCCCCCUCCCCUCCGCCUCCUCCGCUCCCUCCCGCUCCUGGGAAAGCAAAGCUGCGGCUUAAGGGGUGGUUGAGGGAAGCAGUCGGCGCCUCGGGGAGGGGACCGCGCCCGCCCCCUUGGAACACUGGAGCACCGCUGAUUUAGGGAUACAGAAAUGAAGAUAUGGUGUGUACUUUUAUUAAUCAAGUUGAAGAAGCAAGACUGCAAAGGAUUGGAUCAACACCUUCUGCCUGCAGAGUUUUCUUGCCAGCCACAGUGGUAAAGAGUUUGCUCAGGAUGAGCAAGGCCUGGACUACAUCCUCAGCGUUGAAAAGAAAGCAGAUUUCAGGAGGACAAGUGUGAGGCCAGUACACCUUUGACCCAAUGGGGCUUAACUGGUUACAAAAUGUCCUUCUAUGCAUGAGAUCUACAGACUAUAUGCUCUUCAAGAACUGAUCAGUGGUUUUCAUCUUCUGGAAGAACACUAGAAGCAUUAAUAUGGUGCCAAAACUCCUCAUUCUCUGACUCUGGUGAUUUGGACAUACUUCUGUGUGGAGGAGAAGUGUACACGCUGAGGUCACUCAUUGUUCAGAGACUGUCGUGUAGGAACAUGGACCAUUCUAAUAGGGAAAAGGAUGAUAGACAACGGGCAACUAAAACCAUGGCACAAAGGAAUACACACUGUUCCCGACCUUCUGGCACUUCAACAUCCUCUGGUGUUCUCAUGGUGGGACCCAACUUCAGGGUUGGCAAGAAGAUAGGGUGUGGGAACUUCGGAGAGCUCAGAUUAGGUAAAAAUCUCUACACCAAUGAAUAUGUAGCCAUUAAACUGGAACCAAUAAAAUCACGUGCUCCACAACUUCAUUUAGAGUACAGGUUUUAUAAACAGCUUGGCAGUGCAGGUGAAGGCCUCCCACAGGUUUAUUACUUUGGACCAUGUGGGAAGUACAAUGCCAUGGUGCUGGAACUCCUUGGCCCUAGCUUAGAAGACUUGUUUGACCUCUGUGACCGAACGUUUACUUUGAAGACGGUGUUAAUGAUAGCCAUCCAGUUGCUUUCUCGAAUGGAGUAUGUACACUCAAAGAAUCUUAUUUACCGAGAUGUCAAACCAGAGAACUUCUUGAUUGGCCGACAAGGCAAUAAGAAAGAGCAUGUAAUACACAUUAUAGAUUUUGGACUGGCCAAGGAAUACAUUGAUCCUGAAACCAAAAAACACAUACCUUACAGAGAGCACAAAAGUUUAACUGGAACUGCGCGAUAUAUGUCUAUCAACACACAUCUAGGCAAAGAGCAAAGCCGGCGAGAUGAUUUGGAAGCCUUAGGCCAUAUGUUCAUGUACUUCCUCCGAGGCAGCCUACCCUGGCAAGGACUCAAGGCUGAUACGUUAAAAGAGAGAUAUCAAAAAAUUGGUGAUACCAAAAGGAAUACUCCCAUCGAAGCUCUCUGUGAGAACUUUCCAGAGGAGAUGGCAACCUAUCUUCGAUAUGUCAGGCGAUUAGACUUCUUUGAAAAACCUGAUUAUGAAUAUUUACGGACCCUCUUCACAGAUCUGUUUGAACGGAAAGGCUAUACCUUUGACUAUGCCUAUGAUUGGGUUGGAAGGCCUAUUCCUACUCCAGUAGGAUCAGUUCAUGUAGAUUCUGGUGCAUCGGCAAUAACUCGAGAAAGCCACACACACAGGGAUCGGCCAUCACAACAGCCUCUUAGAAAUCAGACUACAUCAUCAGAGCGCCGAGGAGAGUGGGAAAUCCAGCCCAGCCGGCAGACCAAUACCUCAUACCUGACGUCUCACUUGGCUGCAGACCGCCAUGGGGGUUCAGUACAGGUGGUUAGCUCAACCAAUGGAGAGCUGAAUGUUGAUGACCCCACUGGAGCUCACUCCAAUGCACCGAUCACAGCUCAUGCCGAAGUGGAGGUAGUGGAGGAAGCUAACUGCCUGAAAAUGCUCAACCUGUGGUGCUGCUGUUUCUUUAAGAGGAAAAGGAAGAAGACUGCUCAAAGACACAAGUGACCAGUGCCUCCCAGGAGUCCUCAAGUCCUGGGGACUCUGGCUCCAAUUGCACCUGCAGCUCCUGCCAUUUCUCAUUGGAAGGGACUCCUCUGUGGGGAGGGUAGAGAUCCAAACCAAAAAGAAGAAAACAGAUGCCCCCAGAAGGAGCCAGUGCAGGCAGCCAGGGCCGAGUGGGCCAGUGGCAAUCCCCUCUGUCUGAGCUCUGAGCGGGUCCAGAGCUGCUGCUUCUCCUCUGCUUGCCCUUGGGCUAUCUGGUUGACUCUCUUCCCAUUGUUUACAGUGAAGGUGUCAUUCACAAAAACUCAAGGACUACUAUUCUCUUCCCCCUCUUUACUCCUGGCUCUUGCACCAUCCUCAACCCUCUCCAGCAUAAAAAAACUACUAAGCUAAAGGCUCUAUCAAGAAGCUGGUGGUGUGGCCAAGAAGAUAGGGGAAGCUGACAGCCCUGGGCUGGAGAACUUCUCUACUUCCCAGGUGUGUCUGGUAGUGUGGCUUCCUCUCCUUCUGUGCCUGGGUAACCCCUCAGCCCAGCUGGCCACAGGGUUCAGGUCCCUUCCUUCUCCUUCCCUUCCUCCCUCCCUCCUUCCCUCCUGUGAAGUUACACUGUAGGACACAAGCUGUGAGCAGUCUGCAGUCUGCUGUCCCUGUGUGUUGGCGUUCUUAGCUUUUUUGACAAGCAGAUCCCUUGCUCUAGGCUGUAGCAGAAUAUGCCUGUGGUUCUGAGCAAAGGAAAGGAAACUGACUUUAUUGCACUUUUAGUUUUGGGGGGUUUUGUUUUUAUUUUAUAAACAACAUGGCAGAUGCAUAUUGUGUCUGGUUAUAUUGGGGGGGGUGCUUUUUUUCUUUUUCAAGGGGGAUGGGCCAGCCAAGCCAUUCAGAGAAAAUGUGGGUCCAGAGGACAUUUUUGAUGGAAAGAGUCUGAUUUGCAGCACUUGGAAAAGAAGAAGCCAAACUCUGCGUCAUCCUGAGUAAAUAUUCAGGUUGGCAAGGAAACAUACUUGAAUUUUCAUUCAUCUUCUCUGCUGCAGAAAAAAAGUCCCCACCAGAGCCCCUUGACUUAAUCAGCCCAGAGUUUGAAAGCCCAGCUCCCGAGCCCUUGGGAUGAGCACCGAGCCAGACUGUGACCAACCAGAAGGCACCUCAUCUCAGAGAGGAGAUACUUAACAACAACAACAAAGCAAAUUUCUGUUUCCUCCACUGCCAGGGACUUCCUACUAGAUAGCCAUGUGACUUUCUGUUGACUGGGGGAGGGAGGGGGGACGGGACGGGACAAAAUUAGUGACUAAACAGCCACCACCGUAUUUGCAGUAGUGGACAAAAGAAGGCACCACAUUUGCCUUCCAACUGCCAGAGGAGCCUCAGGAUGCAGCAUCCUAGGGCCAAGAAAAGAAAAUAAAGAUUUUCUGUCUGCCUGCAGUGAGCGAGAACAUGUGGGUCAGUCGGCCUUAGAAACCAUGCCUGUGAUAAUCUUGGAGCAUAUCCAUAGCAACAGGCUUAGAACGUGGUACACGGGGCUGCUGCAAGCAGGGGAGGUAAGACUGCUUGGUGCUAGGAAAUUCCAGGGAAACAGUAACUGUAAUGAAAGGUCUAAAAUGUUAUCUAAACAAUUGAACAGAGACUGUCCAGACAGUAUGACCAGGUAUCUUAGCAUGUUUUCCCCGGUAUACUCUACCUGCCACCAUGAAGCAUCACUGGUUGCACAGUUAACAGUGUGUGGGGUUACUCCUCCCAUGUUCUAUUUUAUUUGAGAUUAGUGGCAUUUCCAAAUAGUAACUUCUUAUACUAGUUGUGGCAAUAAGGCUUAUUCACGUGGGUAAAGAGGUCUUGUGUUUGGGUAUAAAGAGCUAACCACAGAGAGCAGUGGCUAGUGACUUAGUGCAGCACAGAACUCUUUGCUUGUAUAUGUAGAGGACUGGAAGAUGUCAGGACACUUGUGGUCAUGGAUCAAAUUUAGUAUCAAAUAAAGCAGAGUUUGUGCGCCUUAACUGUUCUAUUGGACCGUGGCUAGGGAAUCUCCUCACUGACUUCAAACCUGCUUAGCAUUUGUAAAUAUUGCCACCUGGCCAUUUAUUACAAGGAAUGUUUUUGUCUGUGAAUCAGAGUGGCAGGGAGAAGUCAGGUCAGACCUCUUCCCCAUAAGGAAUUUGAGUGUUAGGAUUUGCUUCCUUUUUAGUAUAUAGUAGUUAAAGCUCAUCCCUAAAAUUUAUACAGUCCCUCAUUUGGCAUUCGGGCAACUCUGACUUCACCUACAGAAACUUCAUCCCAGGAAAUGGUGGCAAGGCCUAGAGCAUCCUGGCACUCUGCCCUACUAAGUGCCUCCCCCACCCUGCUUCCAAGGUAAAGUAAAGGCAGUGACCAGCUUGGCUGCAGGGUGGAAUGCCCUGCAGCUGGGCUUAAGACUUCUUUUUUGUCUUAAAAUAUUUUUAUAGGCUAGCUCUUGAGGGGUUAAACCUGAGUGGUUUGUGUAUGUGGGGGAGUGUCCUUCCUGGUGCACUGUUGGCACCCUCCAGCACCCACAAAUCCCUUACUAGGUAUUUGGGUUUUGUAGCAAAGGUCCCUUUAACAUGCAGGGUGGUGGUGAUCGUUUCAAGGCCAGUGACACUCCAAGGUGAUCCCAAACCUGAGGAACUCUCAUCUUCCUUAAAAUAUAACUAAAUUCCCCCCCAAAACGAUCUGAUCAUUUCAGCCCCCACCUCCACCCCAGCAAUUGAGGCUUCAUGCACAUCCCUGUUGCUUUUACCUGCCUGACUGCAAGCUCAGCAGAUCCUUGGGCACAGGCGCCCCCUCGGUCUCUUUGCAUCCAGGUCCACUUGCUCCAUCUCACCUGACACCUGAGACAGAAGGCAUUUGAUACUGUACUAUCUGGAGUUUCCUCAUGCUUUGCUGUCCUUGAGACAUUGCAGUCUGAGCAGACUAAGGUCCAGCCAGGACAGGGUUAAACCAGGGUGUAAAGUGUUCAGUCAUACAAGUGGAUUUUCAGAACUCUUACUCCAGACUGCCCACAAAGCUGCACUGAAUGCCCCGCAGCUGGUGAGCACUCAUGACUGCCUUAAUUAACAUUCUUCUACUUCGGGUCUGUCCAGGAGCAAACAGGGUCUGUGAAAAUGUGUGAGUCAGGUGACUAAGUCUCCAGUUAAAAAUCCCAUUUUGAUUGGAACAAACUGCAGGAAACAGCAAGGGCCCCAAGAUUUCUGAAAGUGUUCAUUUCCUUUUCAUUUUUAGUGAAUGACAAGAACUUAGAAGCAACCCGUGUCCAUUAGCCAGAUGGUGUCCAUCUUCUGUAAAAUAACUUCCAGUUUAGUUCAGAAGGAAAGUGUGCUAUAGUGCUUAUUUAGUGUUGAUGUUCAAUGUUAGCAACCACUUGAAUUGCCAGAAGUAUGCUAUGUUAGAGUGGUUGCUAAGGAUCAUAGCCUUAAUUUAAAAAAAAAAAAUGUAAAAGAUAAUUCAUUCCCCUCCAUGUUGAGCAAGUAUGGCUCAAGAAUAAUUCCACAGGAGCCUCAGAAGCAUUUCCUCAAAGGAACUUGGUCUUAAUUUGUUUUGCUUCAUCCCUCCCAAGCCCAUAUGGCUCCUGUGUCCCAGCCACCUCUUCCAUGCUCAUUAGUGAGACCAGUUUUUCAUGUCUGUUUAGUUGUGAUGAUGCUUUGUCUAGUGUCGGUCAUGCCAUGACCUGAAUUUGCAUGACCAGGAGUUUGCAUGGUCAUAUAACCAACAUUGCCUUUGCCAGGCCACUGCCACCAUCCCUCCACUGCUCCAGGUGGGCAGGUUGAUUCCAGAGACCCUCAGGGAGCCAGAAAAAACUGGGUACCCAUCUGGAUUGGCCAUGGGGGGAUGAGCACUUACCUCUGGGUUUCUUGAUUUUGCAGACUUCAAGGAAGUCCAGGUAGAGGUCAAUGGCCAGUGACUCCAGCCUUCCCCGUGAUGGGUUGGUAGGAAUCAAAUUAGAAUUCCUUUGUUUAUCAGGCAACUUUGUUUUAAGGUGGUUUGGUUUUGAUUAUGAAAAGAAAGAGGCCACCAUGGCCCUUCUGUGGGUUUGUAAGUUUUGAGCAGUGUUGUCGUCACCAGUCCUGGGAGUCUCUGAUCCAAUCACCAGUCUGAAGGUGUUUUUUCCUACUUUUGCAAGUAACUAAGUACAGAAGAAUAGAGUUCUUAAUGUAUUCAAAAUAGUAAGUAGAUCCCUGAAUGUAGGCAAUAGUAGUUGAAAUAUUUUCUCAGAAAAAAACAACCAGGAAACCCACUCCAGUAUUUAUAGAUCAGAUUAUCAAGAAAAAAAAAGUGAAUAUGCACUCCAUGUAUCUCUAGUUCAGUUACCAAACUUGAUCUUAUAAAGAAACCUCAGUUGUAUGAAUAGAAUUAUUCCCGCCCCCAUCUUUUUCUGGUGCCAUCACCACCUUGGAGGUCUAAGAGCAGAGGACUAUCUGUGAUAAUAAGCCAGGAAGCAUUGUAGUCAUCCCAGCAGUGUGCAGACAGCUGCCAUCCUGAUUACCCCAAGCACACCUUUCAGGGUCGGUGAGACCUUUUGGUGCCCCUCUUCAGGAGCUCCAGACCAAACCCCAGGCCACUCCAUGCACCAAAAGCCUUUUAGAAGGCUUCCCAAUCUGUUAGGAAUGUCUCAAGAGACAUGAGCCAUUUCGUGGGGGAUGCAUGUACUCACAGAUGGAUGUAUGCACUCUGCUUUGAUACAUGUAUUUACAGUGGAUGUGUGCACUCUGCUUCAUGGGCUUUCUUCUCAGAGACAGCUCCUGGGAACUGUGUUCCUUAGUGUUCUCGGUGAGCUGCUCAGACCAGUGAGUAAGCGGGCUCCAAGGAAGAGCAGAGUGACAGAAAAGAUGAAACCAAAAAAUGCUAUAACUCUCCAAUGGAAAGUAAUGUUGAUGCAGCAAUUCCCAUUGGAUGUAUUACACUCUUCUAAUUUAUUGUUUGUCUCUUAAGUUUUACCCAUUGUACUCUUUAGAAGAUUGUUGGUUGCAGGCUUUUUUUUUAAGUAGAGGAUGUAUAAAUCAGCGGUGGGAAUCAGUUUUAAUUCAUGUAUGGAUGUGUCUAGUUAUUGUUAAAUGCCCUUUUUUUCUACUUUUUAAAAUAUAUGUAAUAUUUCAUAAUCCCUGGCACUGGUCAAAAAAAAAAAAAAACAGCUGUGAAUAGUGAAAUUGUAUUUUUUAAAUGAAUGUCAAUUUCAAGUGUAUUUGAAAUGUUUCCUCCAGUAGACAGAUUUGAACACCAUUGGAGAAGACUCCUUUGCAGAGGAACUAGCCUUUGGAGAAAAUGGACUGUGGGUCUGGAUAUGUUAUCUCAGAGAAGCCCAUUUCAUAGGGCAUCGUGACAACACAAAUGUGAUCUUUAAGUAUACCUCUUCCCCUUGGGGAGGGAAGGACUUAGUUUGCACCCUUUUUGUACGUAAAAUAAAAUGUCCUACCUU